AUGGGCAAAAAAAAGUUGGUUCCUUCGGUCUGCACGAGCAAAGCGGCAAGUUCGAGCAGGCGACGACCACGACCGACACGAUGUGCAUCUAAUUCGUCGAAUGACGAUGACAUAAACGAGGAGGAUGAGGACCCCGAGUUCUCGCGAAGAGUUUUUAUGGCAGGUAUCUCGGUGACAUCUGUGGUUACCGCUGUCGCAGGCUAUCGCUUUAUCAUCGGUGAAGAUAUUGAGAGUAGGAUAUACACGCGCUUCACUAAAAGGUUUCCGAGAUUUUUUCCAGCAGAAAAGACCCCUGAGGAACGACGGAAGCCUCUGAACGUUGCGUUUGCGAAAUCAUAUUUCGCCGCGGUUGAGGAAGUGGCUGUCAGGUUGAACUUGAUUUCGGCAGAUGAGUUGCGACGAGAAGAACAAAGUGUCAAGGGCAGGGCAUACAAUCUUUUCUUUGAUAACAUGUCAGUAGCAGAAGACCUUUCAAAUGCGUCAUGGCUGAAUUUUGUUCUAUACUCGCGGUUGCAUGUAAUCUCCCAAAAGACAUCACCUAAAUCAAGAAUAGAGUUUGCUGAUCAACUCGCAAGGAGCACAAUGCAAAAAUUAAAGACGACUCCUUUCCGACAAACAAAGGAAGAGGCGAAGCUAAAUUCAGAACGGUGGAUAAGAAAUAUUGAGGACCUCCUCCAUGAGCUCGUGGAACUCGGGUGGAUCUCUGGGUUCCGAAUUGAGGAGUUUGACGGUGGGCCCGGCUCCUCGUGGCAGGAUGAAUCUCGCGCAUCGCUCACGAUAUACUCAUUUGAUCCUGUCACCUUACAAGCAGCGCAACUAAUCGGCGAAGAGCAACGCGAAGAGAUUUCCCCAAAACCUUCCGGUUGGAUAAAGGCCUACUUAAAGGAUAUGGGUAUCAAGGCAACUAUGGAGGACUACUACCUUGAUGACGCUUAUCGGCCGGACCCUGAUCAAUUUAAACCGUCGCAGUUGGCAACUCAGUUUGAUCUAUCUGUGUAG